UUGGUUUCCACAUCUUAUGGUUAAGCCUCGAUCUAUUCAUAUAUUCUCCAAUAUGGCAUAUUCAUCAUCUCUAUACCUCAUGUUAACAAUGUUAUUAUUUUCAUGUAACACGUAUGUUAACGGAUGUUAUAAGUCCAUCAUAAGCUUUGGCGACUCGUUAGCUGACACUGGAAAUGUGAAACAACUUUCACGUACAUCCAAUGUUGAGCCCUAUUCCUUAUCUCCUCCAUAUGGUGAAAGUUUUUUCCAAACUCCAACAGGGCGUUGCUCUAAUGGCCGUCUUAUCAUUGAUUUUGUCGCUGAAAGUCUUGGAUUGCCGUUCAUACCACCGUCUCAAGCCAUUAACAAUUUUUCGCGGUUGGGACGAGGAGUUAAUUACGCUGUGGCGGGUGCGACAGCGUUGGGUACUUCGUUUCACGAAGCAAGAGGAGUGGUUAACAUGACUGAGGAAUCAUUGGGUGUUCAGUUGGAAUGGUUCAAAGAAUCGUUGCCUUCUAUUUGUUCUUCAGUUUCAGAUUGUAAGAACUUGAUUGGUCACUCUUUGAUUCUUAUGGGAGAGAUCGGAGGAAAUGAUUAUAAUUAUGCAUUAAUUGCUGGAAAAUCUAUCGAUGAGGUGGAGACAUAUCCUCCUUUUGUGAUCAAGGCAGUCAUCUCAGCAGUCAAUGAACUUAUUGAGCUAGGUGCCAACACUCUUGUUAUUCCGGGAAAUUUACCGAUUGGGUGCUCUGCUUCUUAUUUGACGAUUUUUUAUGGUUCUAACGAGGUACAGUAUGAUAACUCAACUGGCUGCAUUAUUCAAUUGAACAAGCUCGCUAGGUACCACAACGAACUUCUUCAAACAGAACUAAAUCAAAUCCGGGAAAUUCAUCCUGAAGUCAAUAUCAUUUACGCCGACUACUACAAUGCUGCCAUGCAAUUUUUUCGCAAUCCAUACAAAUAUGGUUUCACAAAUGGUGCACUAAAAGCUUGUUGUGGUGGUGGAGGGCCAUUUAACUACAAUCCAUCCGUAGCAUGUGCAGACCCAAAAUCAACACUAUGUGAUCAGCCGGAUACGUACGUUAAUUGGGAUGGUUUUCACUUGACGGAAGCGGCAUAUAAAGUUAUUUUCAAGAGCUUAUUUGAAGGGUCAUUCACUUCUCCAAAGUUUAAUUCCUUGUGUCCUACUUCCAUGCUACAAGGGGUAGAAGAAUUUUCAAGUUUUAUGUAAGCAAUGGUUAAAAUGGAUUGAUUCUUAAUUAUUCAAGCCGUUGGGGUACAAGUAAUUACUUUGGAAUA